AUGGACUUUUUCAACUUUGACUCUGAUGAGGAGGGAGACCAAGAUGGCAAGAUGUCAGAAAGCAGCACAUCUGAAGAGGCGGAAUCUGCUUUGGAGGCCACUGACAAUGAGGAGGACAAAGAAAGGCCAGACAGUUCUGACACAGACCUCGAAAUAGAAGAUGCUGAGCGAUCAUUUACACCCAUAAAGGGUGCAGAGCUGUACAGAGAGGCUUGCAAGCUGGUGGGAGUGAUUCCCGUCUCUUACUUCAUUCGGAACAUGGAAGAGCCCGUUAUGAACCUUAACCACCAUGGGCUUGGACCUAAGGGAACCAAAGCGAUUGCCAUUGCUCUAGUUUCCAACACAACCGUCACCCACUUAGAGCUAGAGGAUAACUGGAUUCUGGGUGAAGGAGCCACAUACCUGGUACAGAUGCUGCGGGAGAACUGCUACAUCCAGGAGCUGAACAUUUCCAAUAAUCAUCUUGACACAGAAGGAGCCGAAGCCAUCUGCAGGAUGUUCCUCGAUAACAUUUCCAAUAUCCGGGCCAUUAAGCUUGCAGGGAACAACUUUAGGGAAGAAGCAGCACCGUACUUUUCCGAAUCAUUAAUGGGCAACUACAGAGUGAUUGAGCUGGACCUCAGCCACAAUGAGUUUGCUGAGAAGGGAGGAGAGCUUCUGGGACAGAUGCUGGCCAACAACGAAUCACUGGAGGUUCUGAAGCUGAGCUGGAAUCAUCUGCGGAUGAAGGGGGCAGUAGCCCUCAGCGCUGGUCUCAGGACUAACGGAACACUGAAAGUACUUGAUGUAUCAUGGAACGGUUUUGGAAAUGAAGGUGCUUUGGCCCUUGGAGAAGCUCUCAAAGUCAACAGUGUGCUGGUUGAGCUAGACAUCAGCAGCAACCACAUCAACAAUGAAGGGACGAUAAAGCUGAGCAAGGGUUUAGAAGUCAAUGGAAACCUUCGAGUCCUGAAGAUGUCGCAUAAUCCCAUGACAGUAGAAGGUGCCAUUGCACUCCUCACAUGCAUCAGAAGGAAUUCAAAAACCAGGAUGGAAGAAAUCAACAUCUCAAAUGUGCUGGUGAAUGAAGGUUUCGUACGACUAGUGGAUGUCAUUUGUGAGGUACACCCUGAACUAGAUGUCAUCUAUGGAGGGGUUGGGGGCCACAUAACCAAGAAGCAAGAGCAUCGUCCAGAUCCUAUGAAGUUGAUACAGAACUACUUGGAUAAAAACAAGCUGAGACUCUGGGAUUUCUUCAGGAAGAUGGACAAAGAAGGCACCAUGAAGAUUACUGUGUCAGAAUUUCGGAAAGCUAUGAUGCAGCAAACCAAGAUCCCUCUGGACCGAAUACAGGUUGGUGAACUGAUACGCAAGCUCGACAGUGGCAGGACAGGGCAGGUAGACUACAGAGGCCUGGUGGACACACGGAACCAGAUGAUGCGUGACCAGCGACGUCAGCUACGGCUGGAGGAGUCACGUCAGAAGAAAGAGAAGGACAAGGAUGAUCGUGUGCUACAGACAUUCAACAAUGCCAUGGAAGUGAUUACUCCACGUAGCUCUAUGGCAAUCCUCGAGUGCUCGUACAAGGAGAUCGUCGAUGCCCUGACAAGGUACCUCACGCCACGACCAACCACGCUCGCCAGGCGGAUCGAAUUCCAGGGCCACGUCCAGAAACCGGGUGAGUCGGCCGCGGCUUUCAUGGCAGCCCUGCGCCAGCUGGCCAUGGACUGUGCAUUCACAAAGGUGGAGGAGAACCUCUUGACGCAAUUUGCGUGGGGCAUCAGUGACCUAAAACUGCGGAGGAAAAUGAUCGGUACUGCCCACAUCAAGAUCGACGCGGCCCUCCAACUCGCCAUCGCCCACGAGGCCUCCCACCGCAACCGCUCGCCAGCAACAUCUGACCUCGUACUCCCCGACUCGGGCCCCGAGAACUCAGAGGAGGAGGACAUCCGUCUCAUCUGCCCUGUGGCAUCAGGAUCCACUGGAAAGACCCCAGGCCGUUCCUCAUGCGCCAGUUGCAGCAAGGCACACGAGCACAAGUCUUGCCGAUUCCGCGACACGCCACACCUGUGGGAAACAGGGUCAUCUCGCUCGUGUUUGCCGGUCCAAGGGAAGCCAGCACCAGCAGCCCCCAGCUCAGGCAUGCUGCCCGGCCGCCACCACCUAUGA